AGAAUGAAACUGGGGUAAUUUUGUAACGUGCGUUACGUAGUGUGUAUAACCCAAGAAAUGGCUUCUCGGGUAGCUGCAAAAGUGACUCGCAAAACAAAGGCAGUGGCUGAUUCUAUAGUUCAUCCACCAUUUCUAAAAUUAAUUAUACCAGCACAGCAAGCCCGACCAGCACCACCUUUAGGACCACAGCUAGGUAAACGAAAUGUGAACAUUGCUCAUUUCUGUAAAGAUUUCAAUGAAAGAACGAAAGAUGUUGUAGAGGGAACUCCAAUGCCGUGUUUUAUAUCGGUCAAGGCCGAUCGAUCAUACGACUUAGUCAUCAGUCACCCAUCAUCUAUGCAUUUGCUAAGAAUGGCUGCGGCAGCUAAGAAAGGUGCUUCCUCUCCAGGUACUGAAGUGUGUGGACGUCUUUCUCUUAAACAUAUCUAUCACAUUGCUGAGCUCAAAAAACAAGAUCCACAUUUGUUUACAGUGGAUUUGCAAGAUAUUUGUAAAAUGUUAAUUGGUACAGCACAUCGUUUGGGUAUUGAGAUUGUAACACAAGAUGACAUCGAAUCUGGAAAAGUUGACUACACACCCAGUGGAUAUGCGAAUUUCCUCCAAGAUCGUGAAGCAUAUCUCAAACAGAAAAAACUAGAGACGGAAACUGCCAAACAAAGCAAAAUGAUGAGAUUGUAAAUCAAUAUCUUGUAUGCAGUAGAAGUGUAGCUUUCCCAACAUUUAGCAGUAUUUUUUAUUGUUAUAAAUUUGUAAAGUCGGCUUAAUAAUGAAAGCAUUCGGUUUUCAACCAACUGAUCGCAGACUACAUAUCCACUUUUUCUAAUUGUUUGGUCAGUGGGAUUACACUACUAACCCUCAUAUACACAAUCCAGUCCAAAGAUAUGCCUAAACCUGUGCUUAACAAAUAAUUUACUAUCUUUAAAAUUAGUCCAUUCUUUUAGUACUGUAUCUUUCUGUAACACUAAAGAUACUUCGUGUCAAUUAACCUAUUGAUUUUGUUUGUGUAAGGCUUAGCAACAAAUAAAUCAUAUCAGAAAUGGAGACCGA